AGCAUUUAAAACUUCUAUUGUUGUUUAAUUUAAAAUUUUUUUCUUUGAGCGUAUUACUGCAAAUCAGCUGUUGAACUAUUAACGUGAACAUACUCUUCUGGCCACAUGCCUUUACAAAUCGAACAUAUCACCCUAGCAACGUAAACAAAUAAUCAAAGGCAAUUUUAACAGGAUAUCACUAUGGAAAGCAAGGACAAUCGAUCGAAAGAAAAGCGCACCAAAAUGAAGCAAUAUCGCAAGAAACCGCCAACACAACACAAUAACAACACCUCGUCCAGUUCACAAGUUGAGGUAGUGCGUGGUGUAGUCGAUGUAGCAGAUUCCAGUGAUGAACGUUUUGUUUCACGACGGGGCUGGACCAGUUCCCGGCCACAUCCGCAAACGCGACGUUACUCACUGGACGAUGAAGACAACGAUCUAAAUGAAGUGGAAUCCGCACAAAUGCAUGCCGGUGAUUUUGGUUUAAUGGCACAAUUGCCCACAUCUGUGGGUGGUCAUUUUCAAUUUGCCUCCGAGAAGAAUUGGGAAACCACAGAGGGCGAACAAUUGCUGGAUAACACAGAGGCCAGUCAAUAUUUUACGCUCAACUUGAAACUGCUAAAUGUUGGCUUGCAAACGAUACCAUUCUAUAAGCGCAUGGAUUAUGCUGCCUCUAUGUUUACGCGAGAACAGUUAACAGCAAUGGAGAAAGCUGCUGAGGCGGCUGAGAAAAACUAUCAGAAUGUAUUGCAUGAGCACGAAACAAAUCCACGCAUAAAAAUUAAUAGUGGUAGUCGAAAAAGUGGAUCAGGACGUUCACAGAAUAGUGGUAAAGCGUCUGUUGCUGCUGCUGCUGUACAAAGUGAAAGCAAUGCUCCAGAUGAGCUGGACGAAUUGUUAAAUUUGACCACGGCCGCUGUGACGAAGGUGGAAAUAACUGAUGGUAGUGGCGGUGGUGCAGAAAAUGUAGCAGCACCUGACGCAAAAGGAAGUGGAAAUGGAGCGGUGAACAAGGAUGAUAUACAAGAGUGGCUGGAUAAUGUGUUGGAGGAGUAGGAUUAGGUGUAUACAAACAGAAAGUUUGACUUUGAAUGUGCAUCUGCCUAUCAUACGUACUUAUUUAUAUAUGUAUGUAUGUAUGAGAAAUGUAGUGCGGACUUACCACGCUCUACGUUUGUUUAUUCGCCAUUCGCUUUCUAUGAAAUCUUAAUC